AUGACUGAAAAACCCGAGGGCGCUACUGACAUGUCCCCCUCUGCCAGGCACAAGCGCUCGCGAAGUGCCCUCGCACUUGCCCUUCUGCACCGCGAUAAAUCGAAAGGGGAAGACCGUGAUGACGACGACGUCUCGGUCGGCUCAGCCUCCUCGAAUAACUCUCCGUUAGGACACCGCCGCAGUCACAGCCGUCACAGCCGGAAGAAGCCCACCGAGAUGAACUCCCCGCCUGAUCCCCUCCUGGAGCAUACUGAGUCCAACUCGAGCUACUCAGCCGCCGGUGCCGACACGAUGGAAAGGGUGCCGUCAGCGGCCCAGACUGAGAGCGGCAGUCUGUCCCUCGACCAGUCGGUACGGACUUUCCGUUUGUUUGAGAUCUUGCGCAGCGGUGAUACCACGGCGAUUUCCAAGGCCGUUAAGGAAUCCAGCGAUCCUCAGGUCGCCCACAGUCUCUACGGCACCACCAUUCUCCACCUCGCGCUACAGUGCGCCGAGCCCCAGGUCGUGGAAUUUGUGCUCUCGUCUGGGGAAAGCCUGGACAUCAAUGCGCGAGAUCGCGAGGGCAAUACUCCGCUUCAUCUGGCCGCGCAGCUGGGGCGAGCCUCGUUGGUCCGGGACCUGCUGAAUCGACCCGUCGUCAACGACGCCAUCGUCAACUACCGCGGCCAGACGGCGCUUGAUGUCGCACGAACACCCGAAAUCUUUCAACAGUUGCAGCUGGCGCGAUCCCUCUUUAUCGACAGCAAGACACAGGAAAUUCAGGCCCUAGUGGCUAAGAACGACUAUGAGAAUUUGGAGAAGCUCUUGGAGGAACCACGUGCGGAGGGCAUUUUAGACGUGAAUAGCCUGGAAAUGGUCACUGACCGGACCACGGCCCAGUCCGGUGGCACUCUGCUGCACGAAGGGGCUCGUAAUAAGAAUGUGCAGCUGAUUGAAAUUCUCUUGACCCAUGGCGCCGAUCCUUUCCGCCGCGACAAGAAAGGAAAGCUGCCCCAGGAUGUCACCAAGGACGACAAGACUCGGGCCAUGUUGAAGAAAUCUCCGGCUGCGGCGGCCGCGCAGCGAGGCAUUCAAGAGAAAGCAAUCCUUGGAAACAAUAGUGCGCAAGGCCUGGCUGGUCGGGCUUCCAUUGGCGAGGCCCCUCUGGCCGGUAAAGAUGCUCGUGAGAUGAGAGGCUAUCUCAAGAAGUGGACCAACUACACUAGUGGCUAUAAGCUUCGAUGGUUUGUUCUCGAAGAUGGUGUUCUGAGCUAUUACAAACAUCAAGAUGACAUUGGCUCUGCCUGCCGCGGGGCUAUCAACAUGAAAAUUGCUCGGCUGAACAUGGAUGCUCAGGACAAGACUCGCUUUGAGAUACAUGGAAAGUCGUCUGUGAAAUAUCACUUGAAAGCCAAUCACGUUGUCGAGGCCAAGCGAUGGUUUUGGUCUUUGAACAACGCGAUCCAGUGGGCCAAGGAUGAAGCGAAGGAGGAGGCUCGACAGCGCUCCCAGGACGCUGAAGCUCUUCGCCAGGCCAAAAUUGACCAGAACGAAGGACGCACCAUGGGAACCCCGUCUGAAUCCGGUCUCAGCCACCGGCCCAGUACGAAGGGUUUGGCUCCCCCCUCUCUGGGUGUCCCGACCAGCAGCAUGACAAGACUCAGCACACACACCUCUCGCACAACACUCGAAACUUCGGCAGUUGAUGAGGAAAGCUCUGCGUAUGGCUCUGUGGACCAAAGUGUGACUCAAAACGAUAUGAACAGAGUGACCAGCCAUGUCACAACUACACCGGACGGAGACGGCGACGAUGAGGACUAUGGCGAUUAUGCUUCCAGUCACGACAUGCCUACAAACGAGAAAGAUGCCCUUAAUAUUACCGCCCAGUCCGCGAAGCUUCAGUUAGAUCUCCUUGCUAAUGUGGCCGCCUCUCUCCAGGCCGAGCGCUCCAAGAAUCCAGAAAUGUCGAUCUCGGAUCCGGCAGUCGAACAGGCCUUUGGCGCCUACGAAGCUGCCGUCAGCAGCCUGAAAGGAUUGGUGGACAGCCUCCUCAAGAUCUCAAGAGACCGCGAUUCGUUUUGGCAGUAUCGGUUGAACCGAGAGGAGCAUCUCCGACAGAUGUGGGAGGAGAGCAUGGCCCGCGUUGCCCAAGAGCAUGAGGAGCUUCAGUCGAAGAUGGGCGAGUCUGAGGAAAAGAGGAAGCGAACGAAGAAGGCUCUGAAAGAGGCCCUGGAGAAUGCGACGGCAAGCAGCCGCUCAAUUAGCGGCCCGCCAUCCCGGAUUCCUAUGGAGGGCUCGGCUACCUUAGAGACCAGCCAGCCUGAAAUUCGUGCUCCGGAGACAUUACCAGAAACUAAUGCACAGCCAAGUCAGGCCGGCACCGAGCCCAUUCUCAGCCGAAAGCCAUCUGCUCUGUCCAAGAUCGACAGCAUAUAUGACUCGGAGUCAGACGGCGAUGAAUUCUUUGACGCCAUUGACGCUGGAGAGAUUGAAGUAGAGGAUUUCCCAAUGGUUGAGACCGACAAGAAAGAGGAAUCUCAAGAUGAGAGCGCCCUGGCGCGAUCUGAAAAGACUAUUGUGAUUGGCCCUUCGUUCAAGGGCUACGAGGAUCCCGUGAGAGAGAGACUGAAGAUGGACAAUGACAAUCGACCCAAGAUCUCACUGUGGGGUAUUCUCAAAUCAAUGAUUGGAAAAGACAUGACAAAAAUGACUCUCCCGGUCUCUUUCAACGAGCCGACCUCAUUGCUUCAGCGUGUUGCGGAGGAUCUGGAAUACACCGAUCUCCUUGAUAUUGCCGCAGAUCGGUCUGAUUCGAUGGAACGUCUUGUAUAUGUUGCCUCCUACGCUGCUAGUGAGUACGCCUCGACAAUCGGGCGUGUGGCCAAGCCAUUCAACCCUCUCCUGGGAGAAACAUUCGAGUAUGUUCGGCCCGAUAAGGGCUACCGGUUUUUCGUGGAACAAGUUAGUCAUCAUCCACCGAUCGGAGCUGCGUGGGCUGAGUCGCCCAAGUGGGAUUACUGGGGUGAAUCGUCUCUCAAAUCAAAAUUCUACGGCAAAUCCUUUGACAUCAACUUGUUGGGCACGUGGUUCCUCAAGUUGCGCCCUGUCACUGGCGGCGAGGAACUGUAUACCUGGAAGAAGGUCACCUCUUCCGUCAUUGGUAUCAUUACUGGAAACCCUACUGUGGACAACUACGGUCUAAUGGAGAUCAAGAAUUGGACGACGGGUGAGGUCUGUUAUCUAGACUUCAAGCCUCGUGGUUGGAAAGCCUCGUCGGCCUACCAGGUCACCGGUAAGGUUGUUGAUGGCGAAGGUUCCCCCAAGUGGAGCAUUGGCGGACGCUGGAAUGACAAGAUCUAUGCGCGACACACCCCUGGUUUCGAGGCACCGGUCUCUGGCCAGGACCCCGAAUCGGCCAAAACACUCUUGGUCUGGCAAGCUCAUGCUCGUCCCACUGGCAUUCCCUUUAAUCUGACUCCCUUCGUUAUCACCCUCAACGCCCUGCCCGACGGCCUGAAGCAAUGGCUGCCUCCUACUGACACGAGACUGCGGCCUGACCAGCGGGCCAUGGAGGAUGGUGAAUAUGAUCUUGCGGCCGAUGAGAAGCAUCGUGUGGAGGAGAAGCAGCGCGCUAAGCGAAGAGAACGCGAGGCCAGCGGCGAAGUUUACAAGCCUCAAUGGUUCACCCGCUCCAGGUGUCCCAUUACCGGCGAAGAGUUCUGGGCUCACAAUGGUAAAUACUGGGCAUCCAGAGAUGCCCAGGACUGGAGUCUCUCGCAGGAUAUCUUUUGA